UGCUAAAAUGAUGCGAAGGAAGGGGAACUUUUCGUCCGCAAUCUGGCUGCACUCAUCGUAGUGUUUCGUAGUCGGGCCGUCGAGGAAAUUGCAUAACGAUGGAGGUCGGUUUGCCAGAUGAAAUUCAAAGAUACAAACUCUUAUGUACUUACACAUCGUCGAUACGUGAACACAAAGUUGCUUCAGAUGUCGACUUACAAGAGCUUGCAGCGCUUACACAAAAUUUCAGCAGAGUGGAGUUAAAAGAGUUGGUAAGAGUUGCUGAGGACAAAGCCAUGAAUAAAGUAAUAAAAGUCUCGAGUGAAGGGGAAUUGGACCUUUCGGCGAUGGGAAAACUUAUGGUGUCAAGAGCAGACUUUCUGCAUGCACUUGAGAAUGAGGUAAAGCCAGCAUUUGGUAGAGUUACAGUAGUGGACCACUUACUCGCUCGUGGCAUCAUCAACUGGGGACGUCCCGUGGCUGAAAUAAUUGCCGCAAGUAGUACGGAGAUCCGUAGGAGAAGAGCUUCCGAAUCAAUCGAUCCUGUCACUAUUCUGCUGGAGGGUCCUCCCAACAGUGGAAAGACUGCACUGGCUGCACAAAUCGCUAAAAACUCAGACUUUCCCUUUGUCAAAGUUUUCACUCCCGACGACAUGAUCGGAUACUCUGUGACCGCCAAGUGUAUCUCGAUGCGUAAUUUGUUCGACGAUGCUUCUCGCUCUCAGCUGAGUUGUAUUCUGGUUGACAAUAUUGAACGUCUAAUAGAUUAUGAACCAAUCGGUCCGAACUAUUCCUAUGAGACAUUUCAGGCAUUGAGAGUGUUUUUGAAAUAUCGACUACCCCGCGGUAUAAAAUUACUUGUAAUCUGUACCACCAGUAACAGACAACUUUUUUGGGACUUGGAAUUGUUACCAGCAUUUGAUACCAUUCUUCAUGUACCGAAUUUAUCAAAACCCGAUCAUUUGUUAGCAGUAUUAGAAGACCAAGAUGUAUUUACCAAGUCAGAACUUUUGAGCUUGCAUGCAAAACUUCAAGGAAAAAAAGUCUCCAUUGGCAUCAAGAAACUAUUGAAAGUGAUAGACUUGGCCCGAAAAGUGGACCCGAGCAAUCGAAUGACUGAAUUCUUAUCAGAACUCAAAGAGCAAGGUGGUCUUGAAUAAAAUCUCCUCGACAAAGAAUUCUGUGCAAUUUAUUGUAAUAAUUUAUCUAUCAUGUAUUCCAUACUUUACUAGAUAAAGAAUUACCGCUAUUUCUUACAUCAAUACCAGAGUAUUGAUGUAAUACGCGUCGAUAAAUUGUGAACUAAACAAUUGGUUUUUUUUACAAUUUUUCUAAAUUGGAACAAAAAAUGGGACAAAAGUUUUUUUUUUUUAUUUUUCUUUUUCGCGCCACUUAUCUACUGAGUUACACUAAAAAUUGGAAUUUUUAAAUGCGCCCUGUAAUACUGAUAAACUGUGUUUAGAUUUGUUGACUACAUAUUUAUUUAAUUCAAAUUGAAUUAAUUUACCUUCACUGCGCGUGCCAAAUUUUUGGUGUGUAGAGCCCCAAGGUCGCUCAUUACGUGCCGGAAAUAAGGUCCAUUAUUUUAUUCAAUAACUAGCUGUUACCCGCCCGCUUUGCUGGGCAUUUUGUAAUUUUAGAUUACUUGAUAUUAUGGCACGCCGUUUUACUAUUUAAUUUUAAUG